AUGAAUUCUUCAACUCUUGUUCUUUUCACCACAUUCAACAUGCUUUUCUUUGUUAUGGCAAAUGGUUGUUACUUUUGUCCAAAACCAAAUCCAAAUCCAAAUCCAUUCCCUAUCCCAAACCCAACUCCUUCAACUAAGAGUUGUCCUAGAGAUGCACUUAAAUUAGGAGUAUGUGCUAAUUUGCUGAAUGGGCCAAUUGGCGCUAUAAUCGGGUCACCACCGGAGCAUCCAUGUUGUUCGGUGUUAGAAGGAUUAGUUGACCUUGAAGUCGCGGUUUGUCUUUGUACCGCAAUCAAAGCUAACAUUCUUGGGAUUAACAUUAAUAUUCCUAUUUCACUAAGUUUGAUCCUUAAUGCUUGUGAGAAGACUCCACCAACUGAUUUUCAGUGCUCCUAA